AUGGGCUUAGACGGUGAGACAAUCCCAAGGUCUAUUAUCGAGUUUCAGGCCCGAAUGGUUAACAUGAGCCUGCUUUCAGAAGAGACUGGUGGUCAAACAUCUGAUGACCACCUAAAGAGUCAUCUUGAGGGAGACAUCCGAUCUCAUCGUCCUUUUGUUCGCCCUCUAUUGUUGGGGAUUGACUGUGACCAUAACCAGUCCAGUAAGAUACGUGAAGAAAUCCACGAACUUCCGGACAAUGUAAGUGAAAUUUGCUUUGACGAAUCGAUUCGAACCUGGUCCCUGUACGAUGAAAGUUGCGACGGAUAUUCUACAGCAGGAUCUGGUGUGAGUACUGUCGGCAAUUAUGACUCUGAAGAUGACAGUUUGUCUUCUAUACCCGACGACGACUUUUAUUCUUGUUGCUCUGAUACUCUGGACAUAGUAUUUGAAGAUUUACCUGAAACCGUGGCUAAUUGCUUCGCACAGUUGGAUUUGGAUUGCAUAGAGAACACUCAUACAUUUGCGCCGACCGCUAUUAAAAAUGACAAGAUUGACCUUCUUGGUGUACUUCCUACCCAUGAAGAAAUUGUCAGUGAGCUGGCUCAAGCUCUGAGAAUAGGCCUUCACUCGAGUAACGCAAGUCAAACUUCGAAGUCUUCCCGCGAAACUAGCAGGCCUGGAACACCUCAAAAGCGCGCUGAACUUGAUCUCAUGACACCAGAGGCUAAUAAAGGUGUACCUCACAAGCUUUGGAUAACAGAGAAAUUAGUAGAGCACCAAAAUUCUGCACCGUACCUUCGCUCCCCUCUAUCUUCUGGUGACGUGGAAGAAGGCGGUUGCUCACUGGCUAGCUUUGUUACCAAGCUUUGA